AUGGCUCGCAAGUUCUUCGUUGGCGGUAACUUCAAGAUGAACGGCACGACGUCGUCCAUCAAGGAGAUCGUCAAGAACCUCAACGAGGCCAAGCUCGACGCCAACACCGAGGUCGUCAUCGCCCCGCCCGCGCUCUACCUGCCCCUCGUCCGCUCCGAGCUCCGCCAGGGCCUCGAGGUCGCCGCCCAGAACGUUUUUGACAAGCCCAACGGCGCCUUCACUGGCGAGAUCAGCGUCGCCCAGCUCAAGGACAUCGACAUCAAGUGGACCAUCCUCGGCCACUCGGAGCGCCGCACCAUCCUCCGCGAGUCGGACGAGGUCGUUGCCUCCAAGACCAAGUACGCCACCGAGGAGGGCGUCAGCGUCAUCUGGUGCUGCGGCGAGAGCCUCGAGGAGCGCGAGGCCGGCACCACCGUCGACGUCGUCAGCAAGCAGCUCGCCGCCCUCAAGGCCAAGAUCUCCGACUGGUCCAAGGUUGUCAUUGCCUACGAGCCCAUCUGGGCCAUUGGCACCGGCAAGGUCGCGACCACCGAGCAGGCCCAGGAGGUCCACGCCGCCAUCCGCGCCUGGCUCAAGAAGGAGGUCAGCGACAAGGUCGCCGACGAGACCCGCAUCCUGUACGGCGGCAGCGUUAGCGAGAAGAACUGCAAGGACCUCGCCAAGGAGGCCGACAUUGACGGUUUCCUCGUUGGCGGCGCGAGCCUGAAGCCUGCCUUUGUCGAGAUCAUCAACAGCAAGCAGUAAGCGUUUUGACGCCUCGAUGGAGGGGGAAAUCUUGGAGACGAAGGCAUGAAAGAUGGAGCAAACCUAGCACUCUUCCUAGCCUGGAUAUGAUAGCC